GUAAAACGUGAUGACAGCGUGUGACGUAGGGCACGUUACAGUAGUGCACCUGUGCUGCACGUGUGAACAGAGAGCUUCACUCCCGACAGGAGCAGCGAUAUGAAGACCAGCUUUCACGGUCUGAACUGGAGACUGCACAUGAAGAGGCACAAGAUGAUGCCUUGGAUUUAGCCGGCCCACAUGAGUGAUAUGAAUAACACACUGGACGGAAUACACACUUCUGGAAGCCUCGGAGAGAAAGCAGAGAUUUUUCAGAGUGGCAAGGGUAAUGUGAGUGGCUUUCCCAGCCCAGCCCUCAUCCCUUUGCGAGCUCCUUUACCAACACCAAAUGCUCAGAAGAUCAAGACUACGCUCUGCAAGGGGAACAGGAGCAUUAAAGAGGGAGAGGAGUCAUUCUCUUCCCCUGUUCCAAACCCUUUCCCUGAGCUCAUCGCCUCAACCCUCACCCCCCUCGUCUCUGAAUGUUUAUUACCGUGGACCAAAAGUAGUGCAACUCAGGUAAUCAAAGUUUAUAAUGAAGAUAACACCAGCAGGGCAGUAGAGGUUCCCAGUGACAUCACUGCCCGGGAUAUAUGCCAGCUGUUCGUCUUGAAGAACCACUGCAUCGAUGACCACAGCUGGACUCUUUUUGAACACAUCUCUCAUCUGGGAAUAGAGAGAACCAUUGAAGACCAUGAGUCUGUUCUGGAGGUGCUAUCAGGCUGGGGGAUGGACACAGACUGCCGGCUGUAUUUUAGGAAGAAUUAUGCUAAAUAUGAAUUCUUCAGGAAACCCCUGGACUUUUUCCCGGAUCACAUGGUCUCCAUAUCCAGUGAAACCAAUGGGAUGGUGGAUCACUCUCAGCUUAUACAGACCUUUCUCAACUCCAGCACAUGUCCAGAGAUACAUGGACACCUUUAUGCCAAAGAGCAGAGCCGGAAGUCUUGGAAGAAGUUUUAUUUUCUCCUUCGGAGGUCGGGCCUUUAUUUCUCCAAUAAGGGAACUUCCAAGGAACCAAGGCAUCUCCAGUUCAUUGCCGACUUCAGCGACAGUGAUGUCUACACAUUAUUGUCGGCCAAAAAACUACACGGAGCACCCACAGAGUAUGGCUUCUGUGUCAAGUCCACAAAGUGUAGUUCAGCCCGGGACUUGAAGCUGCUUUGUGCGGAUGAUGAGCAGACCAGGACCUGCUGGAUCACAGCCAUGCGCUUGUUAAAGUUUGGGAUGGUGCUGUACCAAAACUUCAUUCAGCCACACCAGAAACAAAAAGCUUCACCAAUGCGAAGCAUCUCAGAGAAUUCACUGGUGGCCAUGGACUUUUCUGGCCAAAAGAGCCGUGUGAUUGAGAACCCGUCUGAGGCGCUGUCUGUGGCUGUAGAGGAGGGCCUUUCAUGGAGGAGGAAGAGCUGCCACCGUCUGAGCGGCCACGGGAGCCCCUCCACAUCACAGAGCUUGCUGUCAAAUAUAGCCCUCCACUUGGCUCAGUCCUGGUUCCACGGCAAACUGUCACGGGAGGAAGCUCAGCGUCUGAUCACUCAACAGGGUCUUAUCGAUGGGGUAUUUCUUCUGAGGGACAGCCAAAGCAACCCCAAGACGUUUGUACUGUCGCUGUGCCACAUGCAGAAAAUCAAACACUUUCAGAUUUUACCUGUGGACGACGAAGGCGACUUAUUCUACAGUCUGGAUGACGGUCACACGCGGUUCACUGACUUGAUUCAGCUGGUGGAGUUCUACCAGCUAAACCGAGGAGUGUUGCCCUGCAAGCUCAAACACCACUGUGCCCAGAUAACCCUGUGAACAAGGGACCCAGGAGACCCCCGAGGGCCCACAUGCACCUUAACUCCAGGGCCUUUUCUGGACAAACACUCCCAGUGUUCUUGUGCCUUGAAGAAGAAAAAAAAACAACAUAUACAGACUGAACAGCCAUGCUAACUGAAACCACUGUUAUCAUCCACUAUAAGUCGCCCUUAUUUUUAUUUUUCAGAUAAAAGCAGAAUUUGACAAUAGACCAUAAUAACUGAUUACAUGUGCUGGAGAUGAAGUGCAGUUUUGUCCGGUGAACAUUAGUCUUUGUGCCGAUUCGUGUCGGUAAAUCCAUUGUGCAAAGUCCAAACAUGACUUCUUGUACUGUGUAUUGUAGAGCUGAGUGUGUGCUGCAAACAGCCUGUGAUUCUAACAACAUCAUGACGCCAGAAGAGAAAGUCAUUGGUUACACUUUAUUUUAAGGGUACAUCAUUAUCAUGGAUUCAUGCAUGACUUAAUUAAAAAGCAUUUAUGUUGUAUUUUUUUAUAAAAUAUCAGGAAUGUAGAAGGAUUUAUACUAUUUUGUGCAUAAGUUAAUGCAAGAACAAUGUGUAAAUUGUUAAAUAUUAAUGCAAGAUAUCUCAAUAAUCAUCAUUUAUGAGUUAUAAGUGAUGUCCAUGGACAAACACUAAGCAGUCACAGCAUUACAUGUGUUGUGCUGAAUUCCAAUAGUUGAAUUCAUGAUUUAGUAAGUGUUACUUUUCAUCAUGUUUUUGCCUUAAAAUAAAAUGAUGACCUGGUUCGUCUUUAACACAACAUAGGAUUAAUGCCGGUUUAUUAACAAUGUGUUGUUUAUGAAGCAAAUUACCUUUUUUGACCCUUGUAAAAAAAUAUUUUAAAAUACAAACAUGACAUGAUUAACUAUGACACAGUGUAUGCAGUUUCCAUGGAUCUUGUGUCUUUGCCAAGAAAAUGUUAUGCUUUCUUCUGUGUUGUGUCACAUUUUUUUCUUUGUUGGCUUUACAUUUAUUAAUGAAUGUAAAUAUUAUGAAUAUAAUCUUAAACGGUUUGUGAGCUUUAAUCUUAAACUAUGUGAUAGAUACAACUUUUCUAAACCAGUAAGUGGAAUAAUUGAUGCAUAAGCAACACAUGGUAAAUACACUGCCGUUAUUCAUGUGUUAUUAAUCAGUGUUAAAGAUGAACCAGGUCGCCACUUUAUCUGAAAGGCUGCAAACGUGAUUACAACAGAAUGUAACAGAAUAUAUGUGACCACUGUGACUGCUCACUUAUCUGUCCUGUCGCUUUGACUGUGAAUAAGAUCAUUAAUAACUCAAAAAUUAUGAUGUCAAUUCUUUACCGGCUGCACUUAUUAACAUUGUUCCUGCAUUACCUCAUGUAUUAGAUAAUAUUAAUUCUUGUACAUUUCUGAUAGUUCAUGAAGUACUACAUGCAUUUAUUUCUGCUUUUUCAUGCAUUCAUCCAUGGGAAUUCAGGUAUCCUUACCAUAAAGUGUUUUUUCUCAUCGUCAUACAGUAUCUGGAAUUAGAUUUUUGAUUAUAAAGUAUGUCAUCAAUUUCAAUUUGACACCAUAUCAUGCUGGGAAUUGUAGUUCACAACACCUCUGUCCUGGUAAAUUUGAGUAAAACUAAGCUAUCUUACUUUUCAUUGUCAUUGUAUUUGAGUAUUCAGGUAUUUUUUCUUUCUAUUUUUUUUUUUUUUUACAAAAUGACUUGUUUUCUAUUUGGGAGCUAAAAUGACCUCUCAGGAAGUGUCACUGUGCACGCCCUGUAAGCUGAGACUGCUGUAGAGAGAAAAGGCAAUGUACUGUACAGGUGGAGCGAAAUGGCACACAACCUCACUAGCCUGCAUUGUACAUCCAUUUUAAAUGUAUGUGAUUUAAUGAAACGUUUCUAUUACAUGAACUUAGUCGUGAGCUUGCUUUAGAGCGAGAGCAGUGAAAUUUAUUUCACCAAUUUUUAGACAUUAGCCGUUAAGAUGGAAAUCAGAAAUACUGUGCGACUGAUUUGAUCCUAUAUGAAUUCAGUGUAUAUUGAAAUUUAGGUUUUAUAUUUUCCAAAGAUUCAGGUAUAGAGUUUGCAAAACCUUUGUUGGUUGUAUUUUGAUGUUAUUGCCUCUGCUGUGAAUAUACAGUGUCGGAUAAUGUUUGUUUUUAAUAAAAAGCCAAUAAUGCAUUAGCUUUCAAACAAAAAAGGUAUUUUAAAUCUGUGACAUGAUUGAAAUGACCAUCUAAUGUUAGUUGUUUCAUUUUUUUUUUUUAGCUGGACAACAGUGCAUUGAACAAUGAAUGUCAUGGACUGCAUAGUUUUAUAUAUAUAAACACAAUCUGUUUGUAAUGUA